AAUACUGUUCUGACUGUUGAAAAUGGAAAAGUGAAUCUGGUUAAAAAUAAGAUAACCUAGUCAGAGCUGGGACUUUUUAAUUUAGAUGGUGUAGAAAAAUAAAUGAAGUAUUAAGUAAGAGAUCAAUAUCACUGACGUGGCAUGAUUAAAAUUGUUGUCUUCCGCUUUCUUUUCCGUGAGUUCUUCUCGUUCUCUUUUCUACUCACCAUUAAAUAAUUUUAUUUUUUCACACCCAAGGAAAGGAUGGUCGUGAUGGAAGAGACGGGAUCAAUGCAGGAAACGGAAUGAAGGUAAAAAUAUUAAAAAGGGAUAAAGUUUUUUCUGCCAUUAUCAAAUCGAUGAUAAAUUAUUUCUUGGAACAAAGAUGACUAAGCCAGACGAGAACUUUUAAGAACACCGGACAAAAGGAUAAGAUUACUCAAGUUCCCUGCAAUCCGAGAUUUCAGCUGCCUCUAAAAACCCGCUUGUUUAACUCCAGAGUCUAUUUUCUGUAGUAAAAGCGAACUGACACAGUACCACCUUAUUCUGUUCUAAUAAUCAGUUACAUAAGAUAAAAAAUUCCGUUUGAAAUCUGACGAAAUCUCAGCGGUAAAGAACAGUCUUAAGUAAAAGAAUUACAAAGAAGGAGAUCUGAGUCUUCAAGUUUCCCUAACCCUAGAUUGGUUUUAAGAAUAGUUUAGGACUUGUUUGUUUUUCAGGGUCAAAAAGGAGAACGUGGUUCGCCAGGAAACAACGCAGGAGGUGUAAUUAAGUUUAGCGAUACCGCUGAGAAAUGUACCGCAAACAUCGCCGGCACUGUUAGUUACAAUACUUCCCAGAAAUCCUUGCAACUCUGUGAUGGAAGUGUUUGGCUUCCAGUGCUGACUGUUGGAAAAGGUUACACGAAGGAUAGACCCGGCCGCCAUUGCUUGGAUAUUUUAAAUUCUGGUAAGCUGAAACUGUGAUAAAUAAAAAGAAUCCAUAAGAGACUGAGGAGAUAGCUGUAGAGAUUGCUGAGAAGUAGCUGGCCUGCAAUGCAGGCCUAUAUAUUGGGGGCGAGUGAAAGCUCCUUUAUAAAGUUUGUAAUGGCGCAGCCGCCAUCUUUCUUAAAUAUGCUUUCUAAAGUUCAUCUUAUCAAUCAUAAUUUAUAAACAAUCAUGUAAAAUAAUAUUCAUUUUUCAGUAUAUUUAUUAUCAGGCCAAAGUCAUGGCAGUGGGCUUUACUGGAUUGAUCCAAACAGUGGCUCGACAGCUGACUCAUUCCAAGCCUUUUGCGACAUGGAAACUGAGCGUGGAGGUUGGACCUUGGUUGCCACAAAGGUCUCCCCAGGCUUCCUCUUCAUCAAAACUGUUUUUUCAUCAGUGGCCGCUGCAACUAAGAAAGUAGAUGCUGCGAGUCAUAUACAUCCAAGCAUGGGGAACUGGAAAGAGGUUAUGUUCCGCUUUGCUGACGUUGAUACCAUCCGAAUCAUUUACAACAGAAAGGCGGGCGCACCAAACAAAGACAAGGAGGAAUUCGACAAGUUCUUGAUGGGGAAGUCUAUGAAUGUGAUGAAGAACGUGAAUGGAUUUUACAACUACAGUCCAGCAGAUAAGAAAAGAAAUCCCAGCGUGGGUUUUGCCACCAUAUCCUCUUUCCACUUCUAUUCAAACAAUGGGAUCUCUGAAAGUCACGGUGGCACGGAUAAGUGGCUUGACAUGUGGAAUGGUGCUGACGGCUCAAACAACUACAUCUACAGCGAUGACAGCAGGGCGCGGGGCACCAAAUGUAUUGCGGGCUACUGUUAUCUGAACAAGCCAAUCUGGGUGAUGGUGCGCUAGGAAAACCAUCAAGCCAAUACACGAGCAGCUAAAUACGCGAGAAAGAAUUAGAUACUUAGGUGUUAACAGGCCAUAAUAAAGUAGGUUUUAAAACAGACUGCUGCAGCAUUAAACGUUCCAACAAUGUUGUCCAGAUUAAAACGACCUGAUAUUAGUCCAGUUGAAAGGAAUUCUCGCAUGUUGUACUGACUGCUCAUAAAAUAAAGUAAAAAGUAUUGGCGAUUUGGUUGUGUUGUUUAUUGGUUGUUAGUUAGUUUGUUGGUUUUUUUUCUCAGAACAACCCCUUUGUCGCUUGGGAAGGGGGAAAUUAAGCAAGGGCUGGAUUCAGUUCCACUCUCGGCCUAGUGCAUCUGUUAUGGCCAAGUUUCUCGGAAUAACCUACUCAGAAAUAAUUAAAGAACUACGAAUAACGAUUGCCUGCGUCAAUUAAUGACAACUGUGUUGCUUUUUUACAUAUUUCUUUUUUCGGUUUUUCAAAAUAUUUCAACGAACGGACAGGAGAAGUAUUUUUUGUAAUAUGCAAGAAGAAAAAGGACUUUUGAUAUUAUCAAGUAUAACAUCGAAUUUUAUCACCAUGUGGUACAUACUCUUGAGUUGUAAGGAUUGGAUCAGAAAGUUGGAAACUAAGCAUUUUAUAUACCGGCUCUUUUUCAAUAUCACAAAAUUUAUCUUAGCCUUCUACAGCUAUAAAAGACUCGCUUUCUUUUAUUCGCUUUAUAUUCCCUUAAGCUAACAACUGACGAAUUAUUAAACAAAAGUAUAUGUACAUCACCGAAGAGGCCAAAUUUCUAAUAAGAGAGAUUACGUUCGACAAUGUCUUUACUGCGAGAAUAUCGAGGUAAUAGCGAGUGAUCUGUCGUGAUGGCAAGAAUAUUAUUGGUAGCACCAAACACAUCUUGACACGAACUGAUCAUAAACCAAAAACUUUAUCUGAUCUUCUAGUUAGCUUGGCUCCAUGUAAACAGAACCUUUGGAGUUUUAUUGGUGGUCUGAUCUCCCUGCAUCCUCGGAGACCCAGGGGCAGAUAGUGGGGGCGAGGGAAAGUCUAAACGGGCGGGAAAAUAUGGCGCGAAGAAAAGUAAAGAACGGCGAGAAGAGCCCCUGGGGACAAUGUCUUACCAGACCAGUUCCAAACGGUCGCCGCCGUUUUGCCUUUUGAUUGGGCACAAAAACACAAAAGUUUUCUGGCACCAAUCAGAAGUCAGAACGGCGGCGACCGUUUGGAACUGGUCUGGUAAGACAUUGUCCCCAGGGGCUCUUCUCGCCGUUCUUUACUUUUCUUCGCGCCAUAUUUUCCCGCUCGUUUAGACUUUCCCUUGCCCCCACUAUCUGCCCCUGGGUCUCCGAGGAUGAGCUCAAGGAUCAUUUUCGUUUGCUUUCCAACACUUGUUUUGUAGAGAUGUCCCAGAUUUUUUCCCCAUUAUUAAGUUACCAAUAAGAGUGAGAACCCGGAUAUAGAAUAGCAUUCGUUUGUUACUCCAAAUAAACCCUCAAGUUGCUAAUUGGGUAGAAUCAUAUAAAUUAAAUAACCUAUUAGAGUCAGUGGAUGACUAAGAUGAUUUUUUAAAUCAUGAUAAUUGAUGACAUCUUUGGUACCAAUCAGACAAGAUGUGACAUGUAUCAGAUGCCAGCUACUGCUAAGCAGGGUGAAUAGAUGUGGCACAGAAAUGUUUUCCAAGAUUUUCAUAUUAUUAUUAUUAUUAUCGCGACGUAAACUUGCAAAAUACUGAUUAGGCUCUCUCACAGAGUCUUUGUUCAAGCUUAGGCCAGAAUUUAUCUGUUUUCUUUGACAGCACAUUGACUAUUUCCACCAGGCCCCAGAGUCCAUGCAUCUUGCGACUCUUUGCCACUCGCAAAGGAUAAGUGUGUAUCAAGUUCUUCCGCUAUUCAUCCCAAACGUUGAAAGUUUUUAAGUACGAUUAUCCUCUAUCAGAAACGAUAAUUCAUUUAUCUAUACAAAGUAAAUUCAUACAAUUUUCCUUAAUUUUAGAUUCUGAUCACGUGUUUAGUCACAUGACGGAUUUGGCACAUACGGUAGAAUAAGAACCUCAGAUAAAUAAUUACCAAGAAGUUCGACAUAUUUUAGGCUACUGUACCUAGCAAAAGUAAUUGCCGAUCAAUCAUAUUCUCGGACGGUCUUUUUGGAGCCUGAUUUUUUUUCUUCUUAUCUAUUUUUUCCAGUUUUAUUUUUUUUCUUCUAAGAUAUCAAACCUAAGGUGUUCAGCUUUCGCCUCCGUUAUCGAUCCUCCCCGCUGCGGUGGGAUCAUGAAGAAAGCGUCGCUUAUUUUAUGUGAAACAACAACAAUCUUUUUCUUUUUCAUUUACUCUGGCUUCAGCGUAAAUUUUUUAAGGCAAAGUAAAGUAGGUUAGGAGAAGAAGGUUGAGCGCCUUAUACUAUUAAGUUUGUUAAGUAAAUACUAUCUCUGACUCUCUCCUCACGUGGCUGAUUGCAUCUAAUGACAAUGCGAUGUUCUUUUUUUUUACUUGUUUCUGGAAAAUUCUGUAUUGAAAUCAAAUCGCUAAGUACUGUAAUUCUAAUAAACGGUUUGUUACACUCAAUGCUGACUACUCCACUUUUAUAAAAAGCUCUUGGUGGACAAGAACAGUCAGCACAUGACAAGGUCAUGACAGCUCAACCAAUGUUUGCAUCAAAAUUAUCAUAAGUAUUACAAAUAUUAAAAUUUUAAUAAUCUCGCCGUUUUUUGAUGUUAAGAAAAUAAAAGAACCAUCUUUCCCAUCAAAGUGAAACUCGCCAUUUCCAACUGAAAACGAAAGAAGCACUGAAAGGAGAGUGAACUCAAAAUGUUGCGCUUGCUUACUCCGUUGUUUCUUGUUCUGAUCUUGCGUUCCUUCACCUUGGCAAGCCAGAAAAACUCUGUAAGCAAUGUAAGUUUGACAUUUUUUUUAGUUUGGUCCUUGUAUGAAUUAAUUUUGUCUAAUAUAAAAAGUAAGAUCGAAAGAAUAUACACCAUGACUGUGCUACUUUAACCAAUAAAAUUCAAUACUAAUGAAUACCUCGCGGAUUUCCUUUUGUUUAGGUAUCAAAUCAAAACCAUUGCUGCAACUGUCGCGACGGUAAGCUUAAGACUUUUAAUGAAUCGUAAUUCCUAUCUGUUCAUGUUGUUCUAAUAUAUUUUUUCAUUUUUUUCCUAGGAAGGGACGGACGAGAUGGUCAGAACGGUAAGAUAGGACAUCGCACCUAUUAGUAUUACCAUGUUUUCACUGUCUGACACACUGCCCAGCAGUUACAACGGAAACGGAAUGAAGGUUUCUCUAGAUAUUAAAAAGGAAUAAAGAUUUUUCUGCUAUUUAAAAAUCAAAUCGAUGAUAAAUUUUUCUGUGAUCAAAGAUGAAUAAUCCGGAGGAGAACCUUCGAGCACACUGGACAAAAGGCUAAGAUUAUUCAAGUUCCCUAAAAUUCGAGAUUUCAGCUGCCUAAGAAACAUUCUCUAAAAAACCGGUUUGUCUAACUCCAGAGUCUAUUUUCUGUAGUAAAAGGAAGGGACACACUACCACCUUAGUCUGUUCUAAUAAUUAGUUAUAUAAGAUUAAAAAAUUCCGUUUAAAAUCUGACGAAAUCUCAGGGGUAAAGGCCAGUCUUACACAGAAGGAGGUCUGAGUCUUUAGGUUUCCUCAACCCUAGAUGGGUUUUAAGAAUAGUUUAGGACUUGUUUGUUUUUCAGGGUCAAAAAGGAGAACGUGGCUCACCAGGAAACAACGCAGGAGGUGUACUUAAGUUUAGCGAUACCGCUGAGAAAUGUACCGCAAACAUCGCCGGCACUGUAAGCUACAACACUUCCCAGAAAUCCUUGCAACUCUGUGAUGGAAGCCAUUGGCUGCCAGUGCUGGCUGUUGGAAAAGGUUACACGGCAGAUAGACCCGGCCGCCAUUGUUUGGAUAUUUUAAGUUCUGGUAAGCUAAAACUGUGAUAAAUAAAAAGAAUGCAUUAGAGACUGAGGAGAGUAAUGGUAGUUGUAGAGAAUUCUGGGAAGUAGCUGGCCUUUGAGCUGGCCUGCAAUGCAGGCGUAUAUAUUGGGGACGAGUGAAAGCUGCUUUAUAAAGUUUGUACUACCGCUGCCGCCAUCUUUGAUCUUAUUACAGAGGAAGAUUGCGGAGAGUAGAAAUAAAAACCUUUAGGGUAGGCAUAAGGGUGAAAUGAAAAAGGUGGGGAAGGGGGAGGGGAGAAAAGCAUGGACUUGGGUUCUGGGGAAAAACUGUCAUCCAGAAACGGAAUAAUAUUCAUUUUUCAACAUAUUUAUGAUCAGGCCAAAGUCAUGGCAGUGGGCUUUACUGGAUUGAUCCAAACGGUGGCUCGACAAAAGACUCGUUCCAGGCCUUCUGCGACAUGGAAACUGAGCGUGGAGGUUGGACUCUAGUUGCCACAAAGGUCUCCCCAGGCUUCCUCUUCAUCAAAGCUGUUUUCUCAACAGUGGCCGCUGCAACUAAGAACGCAGAUGCCGCGAGUCACAUACACCCAAGUAUGGGUAACUGGAAAGAAGUUAUGUUCCGCUUUGCUGACGUUGAUACCAUCCGAAUCAUUUACAACAAAAAGGCGGGCGCACCAAACAAAGACAAGGAGGAAUUCGACAAGUUCUUGAUGGGGAAGUCUAUGAAGUUGAUAAAGAACGUGAAUGGAUUUUACAAGUACAGUCCAGCAGAUAAGAAAAGAAAUCCCAGCGUGGGUUUUGCCACCAUAUCCUCUUUCCACUUCUGGUCAAACGCUGGGAUCUCAGAAGAUCACCGUGGCACGGAUAAGUGGCUUGACAUGUGGGAUGGUGCUGACGGCUCCGGAAACAACUACAUCUACAGCGAUAACAGCAGGGCGCUGGGCACCAAAUGUAUCGCGGGCUACUGUUACCUGAACAAGCCAAUCUGGGUGAUGGUGCGCUAG